AUGAAACUGAACAAUACCAAUCAUUCACAAAGCUUUACUCUUCUGAAAAACACCUUUUCUUCCUCAAAAAAUUGUUUCAGAAGAGUAAUGCUAAUGGGGAGCUCUCCCUUUCCCAAGUGGCUGUUUCUGUUUCUUCUCCUUGCCUUCCUUCUAUCAUCAACAACAGAAUCCUCCACUUUAGUACUUGUCCGUCAAGGAAACGAUUUGAUCAACGCAACGUGCAAGCGAACGGGCAACUUCAACCUAUGCACCAAAGCUCUAGGAUCCGACCCCCGGAGUUUCAAAUCAGAUGUCAAAGGGCUUGCCAAAAUCAGCCUUGAAAUGUCCCUGACUAAGGCUAAUCAAACACUAAACUUGGUGGGAGACCUGUUUAAGAACACCAGAGAACCUGUGUUGUUUCGGCUCUUGGGCACGUGUAUUGAAGAGUACAGACAAGCUGUGACUAACUAUUUACCCGAGGCAAUGAGUGCUUUGCAAUCAAAUAACUAUGGAGCAUCCAAACAAGGCGCAGAAAAUGCUGCAGCAGAUGCCCAGGUAUGUGUACAACAGUUCGCAGGGAGAAAAUCACCAGUCCGGGAUCGGAGCAAAAUGGUGAAGGAUUUGUGCUUGAUCGCCUCAAGCAUUGUUUCUACAUUGCAGUGAUUUUGUAUUUUUGUGCAUUGGAUCCUAUGGUGGCCUUCUUUACCAUGUUAUGUAGGAUUGAAAAAUAAAAUAGUUGACUUUGAUUUGGAAUGA